UGGCGGUUGAGUGUAACAACAACGAUGAUGAUGACAAAAGGCCUUUCCCAUGUUGGAGGCUAGCUGCUCACUCUGAAGGUGCAUGAUGAAAAGAUGGCACAGCUGCUUGUACCACCAGGUCCAGACAGCAUCCGCCCCUUUACUCGUGAGUCCCUCAAAGCCAUCGAGACACGUAUCACUGAGGAGAACGCCAAGAAGCCCAAGGGAGAGAAGAAAAAACGCAAUGAUGAGAAUAAGCUCAAGCCCAGCCGUGACCUGGAGGCGGGCACAUCACUCCCUCUUCUGUAUGGGGACGUUCCUAAAGGCAUGGUGUCGACACCGCUGGAGGACCUGGAUCCCUACUACAGUAAUCAGAAAACUUUCAUCGUAUUAAACAAAGGGAAUUUCAUCUUCCGCUUCAACGCCGCUCCUGCCUUGUACCUCCUGAGCCCCUUCAACCUUCUCAGAAGAAUAUCAAUUAAGAUUUUGGUACACUCAUUGUUCAGCGUGGUGAUCAUGUUCACUAUCAUCGCCAACUGUGCAUUCAUGACGCUGAGUCAACCGCCUGAUUGUGCGAAGAUAGUAGAGUACACAUUCACCGCAAUCUACACGUUCGAGUCCCUCGUUAAAAUUUUAGCUCGAGGGUUCUGCAUAGGGAAGUUCACAUUUCUAAGAGACCCCUGGAACUGGCUGGAUUUCAGCGUGAUCGCCAUGGCGUAUGUAACAGAGUUUGUACCCCUGGGCAAUUUCUCAGCUCUUCGUACAUUCAGAGUGCUGAGAGCUUUCAAAGCUAUCUCAGUUAUCCCAGGCUUGAAAACAAUUGUUGGUGCGUUGUUCCAGUCAGUGAAGAAGCUUGCCGAUGUGAUGAUCCUCACUGUUUUCUGCUUGAGCGUCUUCGCACUCAUAGGAUUACAACUGUUUAUGGGACAAUUAAAGCAAAAGUGUGUACGGAUGCCAAGAAAUGGGACAGAUGAAAUUGAACAUAAUGCCUCUUACUACUGGUCUAAGGAGUACUUGAACAACAAGAGUUAUCAUUAUUACAUUCCAGGCAAACGUGACCCAUUGCUUUGUGGAAAUGGCAGUGAAGCUGGGAGGUGUCCAGAGGGGUACAGUUGUGUCAAAGCAGGAAACAACCCAGACUAUAAUUACACCAGCUUUGACUCCUUUGGUUGGGCCUUUCUCUCUCUGUUUAGACUGAUGACACAAGAUUACUGGGAAAACCUUUACCAGCAGACAUUGCGGGUUGCAGGGAAGCCCUACAUGAUCUUCUUUGUGCUGGUGAUAUUCCUCGGGUCCUUCUACCUGAUCAACCUGAUCUUGGCUGUAGUAGCUAUGGCCUACGAGGAGCAGAGCCAGGCCACCAUAAACGAGACUAAAGAGAAGGAGAAGGAGUAUAACGACAUGAUGGAACAGCUGAGACAGCAGCAAGAGGAGGCUCAGGCAGCAGCAACUGCGGCUGCUGCAGAAUGCGGGGAGGCUGCUGGUCGAGUCGGUGGCACCGAGAGCUCCUCUGACGCCUCGAAGCUCAGCUCCAAAAGUGCCAAAGAGAGACGCAACAGGCGAAGAAAAAGAAAGGAGGAGGAGGGGAAAGGGGCUGAUGAGAAGAUUCCUAAAUCGGAGUCACAGGAGAGUAUCAAGAAAGCUCGCUGCCGCUUCUCUGUGGAAGUAAACCGGCUCAACUAUGACAUGAAAUGCUCAUCCGCACAUCAGUCCUUUCUGAGUUUUCGUGGACCCCUGUUCUCAUCCAGAAGGAAUAGCAGGACCAGCGUUUUCAGUUUCCAAAGCCAAGUACAGGACGUGGGCUCCGAAAAUGAGUUUGCCGAUGAUGAAAACAGCAUUUUUGAAGACACACUGAGUCGAAGGAGCUCUUUGUUCCUGCCCAGGAGUUGUGAUCGACGCAGCAGCAGUAUGAGCAGCUACUUGUCGCAUCAUCGACGUGCACAAAAUGGGAUCAAGCACAGCUCCGUAGACUGCAAUGGGGUUGUGUCUCUGGUGGGUGGGAGUUCACUCCCACCGUCACCUCUUGGGCUCCUUCUACCUAAAGCUGACACCACUGACAGUGGAGGAACACACCAGGAGUUUAUGGACUACCUUGAGGGCCCAGAGGCCAGACAGAGAGCUCAUAGUAUCGCUAGUGUUAUAACCAGCACAAUGGAGGAGCUUGAAGAGUCAAGACAGAAGUGUCCUCCUUGCUGGUACAAGUUUGCUCAGACCUUCCUCAUCUGGGAAUGUUGUCCAGCAUGGCUGAAGAUCAAGAAGGUUGUUAACCAAAUAGUGAUGGAUCCAUUUGCAGACUUAACCAUCACCGGCUGCAUUGUAUUAAACACAUUGUUUAUGGCCAUGGAACAUCAUCCAAUGUCCCCAUUUUUCAUCAAAAUGCUGUCUGUGGGUAACCAGGUAUUCACCAGCAUCUUUGCGGCUGAAAUGGUUUUCAAAAUCGUUGCUAUGGACCCGUAUUAUUACUUUCAGAAGGGAUGGAAUAUUUUUGAUUCAAUCAUUGUCACUUUAAGCCUGAUGGAGCUUUGCUUGGCAGGUAUACUCGACACUAGCAUGUCGGUUUUGAGAUCAUUCAGAUUGCUGAGAGUAUUCAAGUUGGCUAAAUCAUGGCCCACUCUUAACACACUGAUCAAAAUAAUUGGUAAUUCAGUGGGGGCUUUGGGCAACCUGACGCUGGUGCUGGCCAUCAUCGUGUUCAUCUUUGCUGUGGUGGGCAUGCAACUGUUUGGAAAAAACUACAAGGACUGUGUGUGUAAAAUCUCUCAAGACUGCACUCUACCCCGUUGGCACAUGAGUGACUUCUUCCAUUCAUUCCUCAUUGUGUUCCGAGUGCUUUGUGGAGAGUGGAUAGAGACCAUGUGGGACUGUAUGGAGGUGUCUGGGAUGACCAUGUGCAUCAUUGUCUACAUGAUGGUCAUGGUUAUUGGAAACCUUGUGGUGCUGAACCUGUUCCUGGCUCUGCUGCUGAGUUCAUUUAGUGCCGACAACCUAGCAGCGACAGAAGAUGACAGCGACAUGAACAAUUUACAGAUUGCCAUUGGGCGGAUCCACAAUGGCAUUGCCUUCGUCAAGUCCAUGCUUCGAAGCAGCUGCAGCAGUGCCUGUCUCAGGAAGAAGAAGAAGGGGAAGGGUGAGGACAAAUGUCUGGAUGAGCUUUCCAAACCUUUAGGGCCAAAUGGUGUCCCCAACCAUACCAUCAAAGACUUUUCUAAGAAUGGCAAUGGCGAUGUGACUGGAGUGGACAAGACUGGAGACAAGUACAUCGUCAGCAGCAAGAGCGAUGAUUCCAUAAUGUCUUUCAUCAACAAUCCUAGUCUGACAGUCACUGUUCCUAUCGCUGUGUGCGAGUCUGACUUUGAAAACCUCAACACGGAGGACUUCAGCAGUGCCUCGUCUGAUGCAGCGUGCAAUGUGAUGAUGGAUGACGAUGACCAGUACAGCUCCUCUGAGGGCAGCACAGUGGACGGCCUGCCAGCCGGGGAGGGUGGAGAGUCUAUAGACUUUGAACUGGAAGAAUCUAUGGAACCUGAUGCCUGCUUUCCUUAUGGUUGUGUGCAAAGGUUCCAGUGUUGUCAGGUAAAUGCGGAUGUGGGCUGGUGGAAAAUAUGGUGGACACUAAGAAAGACCUGUUACCGGAUAGUGGAGCACAACUGGUUUGAGAGCUUCAUCAUCUUCAUGAUCCUGCUUAGCAGUGGAGCAUUGGCGUUUGAAGAUGUCUACAUUGAGAAGAGAAAGACCAUUAAAACAAUGUUGGAGUUCGCAGACAAAAUCUUCACCUACAUCUUCAUUCUGGAGAUGUUUCUGAAAUGGGUAGCGUAUGGAUUUGCCAAGUACUUCACAAAUGCCUGGUGCUGGCUGGACUUCCUCAUUGUCGAUGUGUCACUGAUCAGUAUGGGAGCCAAUGCUAUGGGAUAUUCUGAACUCGGUGCCAUCAAGUCUCUGAGAACCCUGCGAGCUCUAAGGCCCCUGAGAGCCUUGUCACGAUUUGAAGGCAUGAGGGUGGUUGUCAAUGCCUUGCUGGGAGCCAUUCCCUCCAUCUUCAAUGUGCUGCUGGUAUGUCUCAUCUUCUGGCUCAUCUUCAGCAUCAUGGGAGUGAAUUUAUUUGCGGGGAAGUACUACGCUUGUUUCAACACAACCACAGAUAAGCGUUUCCUUCCAUCAGAGGUGCCAGACAAGGAAGCCUGUAGGAAUACAACUGAUGCUCGCUGGACUAACCUCAAAAUCAACUUUGACAAUGUUGGCUUGGGUUACCUUGCACUACUGCAAGUGGCUACAUUCAAAGGCUGGAUGGAUAUCAUGUAUGCUGCUGUGGACUCACAAAGCAAGACAGACAGACAACCGGAUUAUGAGAUCAACCUUAAAAUGUACCUAUAUUUUGUUGUUUUCAUCAUCUUUGGAGCCUUCUUCACACUUAACCUCUUUAUUGGUGUCAUCAUAGACAAUUUCAACCAGCAGAAGAAAAAGUUAGGAGGUCAAGACAUCUUCAUGACCGAAGAACAAAAGAAAUACUACAAUGCCAUGAAAAAGUUGGGGUCAAAGAAACCACAAAAACCUAUUCCUAGACCAUCAAACAAAAUACAAGGAUACAUCUUUGACCUCACCACAAAACAAGCAUUCGAUAUUGUAAUAAUGGUGCUAAUAUCGCUCAACAUGGUAGUGAUGAUGGUGGAAACUGAUACUGACAAGUCAGAUGAUGAUGAUAGUCAAAUUGACUAUCUCUACUACAUUAAUGUGGUAUUCAUUGUCAUCUUCACUGGAGAGUGUUUGUUGAAGAUGAUCUCGCUCCGCCAAUAUUAUUUCACAAAUGGUUGGAAUAUAUUCGAUUUCAUCGUAGUCAUCCUGUCAAUCAUUGGUAUGUGUCUCUCAAAAAUUAUAGAGAAGUACUUUGUUUCACCCACCUUGUUCAGAGUCAUCCGACUGGCUCGGAUUGGCCGUGUCCUCCGCCUUAUUAAAAGUGCCAAAGGAAUCCGCACCCUCUUGUUUGCCUUGAUGAUGUCACUUCCUGCCUUGUUCAACAUUGGUCUCUUGCUCUUCUUGGUGAUGUUUAUAUAUGCCAUCUUUGGCAUGUCAAACUUUGCUUACGUCAAGAGGGAAGCAGGCAUUGAUGACCUUUUCAAUUUUGAGACAUUUGGCAACAGCAUGCUCUGUUUGUUCCAGAUUACCACCUCAGGAGGGUGGGAUGGCCUAUUAGCUCCCAUUCUCAACAAAUAUGAAGGUGAAUGCAACAAUGCCACAGAGCAUCCAGGCAGUUCUGUUAAAGGAGACUGUGGAAAUCCACCUGUGGGAAUUGCUUUUUUUGUGAGCUACAUCAUCAUAUGUUUCCUGAUUGUGGUGAAUAUGUACAUUGCAGUCAUUCUGGAAAACUUCAGUGUGGCCACUGAGGAGAGUGCGGACCCACUAAGUGAGGAUGAUUUUGAAAUGUUUUAUGAGGUCUGGGAAAGGUUUGAUCCUCAUGCAACACAAUUCAUGGAGUACAAUAAGCUGCCAGAAUUUGCAGAUGCUCUGGAUCCACCAUUACGCAUACCCAAGCCUAAUAAGCUCCAACUGAUCUCUAUGGAUUUACCCAUGGUGAGUGGUGAACGUAUUCACUGCUUGGACAUCCUGUUUGCAUUUACAAAACGUGUUCUUGGCGAGAAUGGGGAGAUGGACAUCCUAAGGGGCCAGAUGGAAGAGCGGUUCAUGGCCUCAAAUCCUUCCAAAGUGUCCUACGAACCCAUCACUACCACCCUUCGCCGCAAACAGGAGGACACAUCAGCCCUUGUCAUCCAGAGAGCGUAUAGGCAGUAUACUAGGAAACAGGUUUCCUUUAAGCCAAACAUUCAAAAGGAUGAAACAUUCAUUGAUAAAGACUAUCUUGCCACAGACGAACUCAAAGAAAUCUCUAGCGCUGAUAAAAGUGAACUGACACCUUCAACGGCCCCUCAACCUUCAUGUAACAGUGUAACAGCAAAUGGAAGAAACAAAUAUGAAAAAGACAAAAGUGAACGGGAGGUUGUGGGCAAGGAUGUUGGAGAGCAAGAUAUAUGAAACAGAGACAUUUUAAUGAAUGACAAAAAAUGUUUACAAUCUUUCAAAGUGACUAAGACAUCCAUUGGUUUCCCUUCUUUUGUAUGGAUAUCUAUGCCAAACUGAUCAUGCUUACUUGAGUCUGAAGGCUGGUGCCUAAACUGGAAAAGUGGCACAUUCAGGCUGUAGUGGGACCACUGUGUUCAGGCGCAAAGAUGCCUUCUGGCUGUUUGUGGGGAUGGGCAAGUGUUCUAAAAGACACAUUAGUUAAUGCUUCUAUUGCAGCUAGUUCUGCUAUCCAGUGUCUUGGAUUAUUGUUAUAUCACUGACUGUUGUAUUACUUUACCUACUUAUUUUUCAAGCAGAAAGAAACAGUCCUAAUGUUAUUACUUUAAGAAUUUAUAGUUUGGUUAAUUGACUUUUUAUACUUUUUUUUUUUUACUCUUGAAAAUGGUUGGUCCUUCAGGGGUAGUCUUUACAAUGAGCAGCAUAGCUUUAAGGCUAGUCUUGCUAACUGAUAGCACUUAGAAUACUUGACAAGUCCAAGAAACCAUGUCGGAGUUGCUGCAGUUAUCUAGAAAUGUAGACCUGCAUGAAUGUUUCUCCACGAUUAUGCAUGCUAGAGUGUAGCUAGAGUGUAGCUCUCUCACUGUCCAUCAUGCUUCAUGAUGCAAAGUAUACAGUCACACAUGGCUGUUUUUUUUUUUUUACACAUUACAGACACGACCUUAGCCUACAGUCCAAACAAAUCCAGCCGAGUGUGUCGAUUAUGUUUGAUUAUCAGUGUCAGAGCAGUAACACUUGGCAGAAAUACUUUGCACAUUCAGUUUUAGUCAAUCAUCAAAAUCAUUCACAUACUUUAUCUCAGCCUGCUGUGUGCUACGUUGUGUACCAUUUACAAUAUUGCUAAUUAUGUGCAAAUGUUAUCAUGAAACUGUGCUAAAAAUGAGUUUUCAGGUUUGUCUUUCAAAGCUUUCAAAGAAAAAGCAGAUGUUUGCACAUUCAAACUGACCCUGUUAUAAGUUACCUCUCUCAAACACAAAUCUUUGACAGCUUGCUCUGGGAGGAGAUAGUCUGUAAUAUUGUCUAUUUGUAGGACAGCAGCAUCAUGAAAACAUACAGAUCUCCUCCAUGUGUCUACCUUUUUUCCUCAUUUUGUCUGUUCUCUCUCUUUGCUGUGUUUGAUAAUGAACCUCAGUGUGUAUUCUGUAAUGAUUAUGAAUUGAUGGAGUUUAUGAAACAAUGACUAUUUAUUACCUGUGAUAUGAAACCAAAUAUAUAUAACAGGGAUAUUAUACAUUCAGAAGGAGCUGCAAGGUGAAAAAUGUAAAUGCCCAUGAAAAACUGUUAUAUGGAUGGUAAUUUUUCUUCAGAAUACAAAGCCCUGUGUUUGACUGCUGGUAAUGUAUGUGACUAUGCUGUUACUUUACUUUACUUUACUGUAUUCAACCAUGAUCUGCAUAUUUUUAUUUAGAAAUUAUGACUGAAAAAGGGUAGUUUUUU